CUAACAUUCAAUCUAGGUUAGAGGCUUGCCGAUUCGAUGUUCCUCAAAAUCAAGACCAAUUCAUUUCCCUCAACCACCCUCUCAUUACCUACCACUCAUCACUCUCCAUUAGAACAUCCAUUAGACCAUAGGUGAACCACAAUGUCCUUCGAUCAACUCUCCUCUCUGGAGUCCGGCUCAGGCCGCAACAACGGCUCCAGUGGCGGUGCCUACUCCGACAGCCCCGACUUCUCGCGCCUAUCCCAAAAUCUCUCGAACAAGCUCUUCCACCUGCAAGGCAACAAUGCCAAGCUGCGCAACGAGAUCGACCGCCUAGGCACACGGCAGGACAACCCCCGAUUGCGUGAGCGUGUACAGAAGCUGCUGGACGAGUCGCGCGACCAAUUCAAGGAGGUAGGCGAGGGCGUCAAGAAGCUGCAGAAGUGGGGCGACAGCGACGGCGGCAACGACAUCACGCCCAGCCAAAAGUACAGCCAGCAGAAGAUCACACGCGAGUUCGGCACGAGCCUCAAGGAGUUCCAAGGCUUGCAGCGGGUAGCGCUCGAAAAGCAGCGCGCGAGCGUGAGCGCGGCCAAGGCCGCGCUCGACGAUGCGCAAUCACCCGGCGGUGGGGAAGGCCGAGGCAGCGGCGAGCAUGGGGAGUUGUUGCAGUUGCAACAGCAGGACCAGCACCUAGCGGCGCAGGAUGAGGUGGAUUUCCAGGAUGCACUGAUCCAGGAGCGUGAGGAGGAGAUCCGGCAGAUCGAGGAGGGCGUCACGGACUUGAAUGUGCUGUUUAGGCAGGUGGCGACGAUUGUCAACGAGCAGGGCGAGCAGCUAGUCGGUAUCGAGGAUCGGGCCAUCCAGGUGCGGGACGAUACGCAGGGUGCGGACUACGAGCUGAGGAGCGCGGCGCGGUAUCAGAAGAACGCUCGGAGCAAGGCUUGCUGUUUGCUGCUGAUUCUGGCGGUCAUAUUGACUAUUGUCCUGCUGGCUGUGUUCCUGGGAUGAGAAAUCCCUGAUUUGUACGAAUUGGAAGUGGAAAGGGGCUUGUAGGACAUUCAGCAACCGCAUUCAGGGAGUUUGGAGUCGGGUUUCAUUCGCCAGGUCUAUUUUAAUGAGAACUGCUUUUCAAUAAGCUAAUGAUGAUAUAACGUGAGACAAUAGAAACAAGGACAGG